AUGGACAAUCUGACAGGACCCCACUAUCUCAAACAGGUUUUGCGGAGCUGGCAGAUAUUUUUCCUAAGUAUUACUACUGUGAUUGGAACGGGAGUUUUCACCGACUAUGGCUCCGUAAUUGCAACAGCAGGACGAGGGAACCUGAUCAUAGCCGUGGGUAUUGUUGGGCUAACGGCCAUCGCUUUGAUGGAAUGCCUUAGCGAAAUGAGCCAACUUUUCCCAUGUGUUAACCCUCUUGUCGAAUAUGUUCACGAAUUCGUCGACCCUGAGCUUGCAAUUUGUGCCGGAGUCGCGUAUUGGUUUGCAUUCUCUUCUUUUCUGGCUCUUCAACUGGCCACUGCUGCGAGCUACCUAGGUGCUUACACAGACAAUCUCCUGGCAAAGAUAUUCAUUUUCUACGUCUUCGCUCCUAUUCUUAUUGUCUUCGUAAACCUCAAGAAUGUCAAGGUGCGUUGGUUACGCUACGCAGCGGAGUUUUAUGCUAGGGUUGACGAACGCAAGUGGUAUGCCAAUCUUGAAACUGCAGGAGGCUUUUUGAAGAUAUGCUCCAUGAUCGCAACGAUCAUGAUCCUGUGCUUUCUGGCCGGGAAACUGGGCGAUCUUGACAAUUUCGGUCAACUUGCACUAACACACUAUGCCGCCAGCCUUGCUGUCAAUUAUGUAUCUUUCAGUUUCAUUGGCGUCGAAUCCGUUGCCGUUACCACCUUCGAAGCGUAUCGGACGGCUGACCUGCGUUUGGCCUCUCAAAGCAUCGCCUACGUCACUGUCUUGAUCUAUCUUCUCAGCGCUGUUGCCUCAAGCAUGUGCAAAGAUACGAGCUAUCUUGUUGGCUUGCUUAGGUCUACCACCGAGGAUGGGCGAAAAAUGACCUCCUUCUUUGCCGUCGAAGCAGCCAGAUCAGUGAAAGAGUAUACGGUUGGAAACGCUCUCAAUGGUAUCAUGAUAUAUUGCGCCCUAAGUGCGGCAAACACGACCGUAUAUAUAGCUUCACGCGCCAUGUAUGGUUUCGCUCACCAUUUGAGGCGUGGAACGGCUCGACUAUAUGGCUUGAGUAACCUCUGGGUGGUAGAAAAAAUGGAGUAUGUAACUGACAAAGGGGUUCCAAAAUGGAGUGUUUGGAUUAGCCUCUGUGCUUUCGGCACUUGGCUCCCAUUCUCACAAAUCUCCUCCUCAGAAACUGCCCACGAACUACUGGAAUUCUUCGUGGUCAACGGAAAUGUCUGUGUUAUCUUCGUCUGGGGGUGCCAAUGUCUGGCUUAUCUGCGGUACUGGAUCUGGCAAGUCGAAUUCCGUGCCCUUCACGUUUGCUUAGCGGCUCAUGAGUUCUCCAGGCUGAAACAGUUCCAGAAUUCCGAGUAUCUCGCUAAAAAUCCGUGGUUGAAUCGAUGGAGUAGGGACUUGGAUACGCGAGGUUUUGCAACACUACUGAAUCUGUCUCCAAUCCCUUUGCAGCCUGGGCUGUCAAUAUUUGGUCUUACCAUGAGUUUUUCAAUAUUCUUUGCACUCUCGACCUCCCCCUGGUGGGGUCGCGGAGCAUCUACUUCUGAGUGGUUCCGCUACUAUCUGGUGCCCGUGCUGGUACCUGUGCUUUGGAUGGUGCUCAAGGCUUCCCGCGGACGCUCUGCUCUGAAAGAAAGGAGGUUUGGAUUGUUUGUGCACUUGAGUCGUGACCCUCACGAUUUCGCAUUAGCAAUCACGAACCUUCGACAGCACCUGAAGAUAGACCAAGGGACGGAUCUCAGCAAACCAGCCACCGUUCAUGAGCAAAGUUCCCAGGAGAUGUGUCCUUUGGCAGGAGGAGAUCAAGAAGAACGCAAUAGCAAUGGGAAUAGGAGGAUUGGUUAA